AUGAAGCCUCAGUUAUUUGCCAUAGAUCUAAUAUUCCUGUGCAUAUCAUGCGGAGCAAGUGCAUUGGCAACGACGUUUCCUGGUGUGUCCACGUUCUCUCCAGACGCCAAUUUUACCAGUUUUGGCGCAGACCGUGGAACAGACGCCACGACUCUUUCUAAAAGCAGGAGGAAGCGUUAUAUCAGUCAGAAUGACAUGCUCGCCAUUCUUGAUUACCACAACAAAGUGAGAGGGAAGGUGUUUCCCCCUGCGUCCAACAUGGAAUACAUGGUGUGGGACGAGACUCUGGCCAAGACGUCAGAGGACUGGGCCCACGCCUGCCUGUGGGAGCACGGGCCGCCUCACCUCCUCAGGUUCCUGGGUCAAAACCUCUCCGUCAGGACAGGACGCUAUCGAUCCAUUCUCCAGCUGGUGAAGCCGUGGUAUGAUGAGGUGAAAGAUUACUCAUUUCCGUAUCCCCGUGACUGCAACCCCCGCUGCCCUCUCAGAUGCUAUGGACCCAUGUGUACCCAUUACACACAGAUGGUGUGGGCAACCUCCAAUAAAGUUGGCUGUGCUGUCCACACGUGCCACAAUAUGAACGUUUGGGGCUCAGUGUGGAAGCGGGCAACGUAUUUAGUCUGCAACUAUUCACCCAAGGGGAACUGGAUCGGAGAGGCCCCCUACAAAGUGGGCGUGCCCUGCUCCGCCUGCCCCCCCAGCUACGGGGGCUCCUGCAGCAACAACAUGUGCUUCCCUGCCCUCAAGACAAACUACCUGCACUGGUUCAAAUAA